CAGGAACGCCCGCCGGGGGUGGGGCUGGCCCGUGGCGGAGCCGCUCCCAUAGCGGGUGCCCGCUCCCUGUCAAUCCGGGGCCGGAGGGCGGCGGAGCGGGGCAGUUCCCGGGGCAGUUCCCGAGCCAGGGCUCCGCGGGCGGCGCUGGCCGCGGCGUGUGCAGCAGCUUCCCCGUGCGCCCGGCCUGAGCCCGCGGCCCCCCAGCCGGAGCCAUGGCCUCCGGGGCGUGCUGCGGGGUGCUCCGCGGCUUCCUCUUCGAGUACGACACCCCCCGCAUCGUGCUGAUCAAGAGCCGCAAAGUGGGGCUGGUGAACCGGGCGGUGCAGCUGGCCAUCCUGGCCUACGUGAUCGGCUGGGUCUUUGUGUGGGAAAAGGGCUACCAGGAAACAGACUCUGUGGUCAGUUCUGUUACCGCCAAAGUGAAGGGAAUAACCAUGACGAACACGUCGGAGUUGGGACUCCGGGUCUGGGAUGUGGCUGAUUAUGUUAUUCCACCUCAGGGGGAGAAUAUGUUGUUCAUCAUGACAAACCUGAUAAUCACACUGAAUCAGACACAAGGCUAUUGUCCUGAGCUUCCAGAUAAGACAACUGUGUGUAAUUCCAGUGAGGACUGUUCUGCAGGAUACAUAGGCACCCACAGCAAUGGAGUCCAGACUGGGAAGUGUAGGAAAUACUCCACCUCUGUCAAAACCUGUGAGAUCUAUGCGUGGUGUCCUGUGGAGAAUGACACACAUUUACCUAAGCCGGCUUUCCUAAAGGAUGCUGAGAACUUCACCAUUUUGGUGAAGAACAAUAUCUGGUAUCCCAAGUUCAACUUCACCAGGCGAAACAUUCUGCCCUCUAUCAGUACCACUUACCUCAAGACCUGCAUUUACCACCCUAAAACGGAUCCCUUCUGCCCAAUCUUCCGGGUCCGUCAAAUAGUUGAAGCUGCAGGGCAGAAUUUUCAAGAGAUGGCUGUUGAGGGUGGAGUAAUGGGAGUGCAGAUCAACUGGAACUGUGACCUUGACAAACCUGCUUAUUACUGUGUGCCAAAAUACACCUUCCGUCGCCUUGACAACAAGGAUGCCAACCACAGGGUCUCACCUGGAUAUAAUUUCAGGUUUGCAAAAUACUACAAGGAUGCAAGUGGCACUGACUCGCGGACACUAAUUAAGGCUUACGGCAUCCGGUUUGAUAUCAUGGUGUUCGGAAAGGUAGCUCUUUGUUUCUUGAAUCUCAUGGUGUUCGGAAAGGCAGGAAAAUUUGAUAUAAUUCCUACAAUGAUUAACAUUGGCUCUGGACUAGCACUGUUUGGAGUGGCAACAGUCCUGUGUGACAUCGUGGUUCUGUACUUCAUGAAGAAGAGAUAUUACUACAGAGAGAAGAAAUACAAAUACGUAGAAGAUUAUGAACUGGGAGCAGAUUUCUUGUGGGAAGAUUCCUUUUUUGGCUGACCAGAUCAAGGCAGGAUUCCAGUGCUGGUCUCCAGAAGUGAGAUGCUAGUGUACUACCCUAACCUAGGGUCUGCCCCUUUUGCCCUCGCUGUAAGUGUAAUGGCUGUCUACCUUCUGUCAAGGGAGCCAGUGAGACCUAUGGAACACAAUCAUGACCAUGGUGGUGCUGCAGCGAAUGUUGUUCUGCUUCACGGAAAGACAGUAAGACGAGGCUGCAGCCUUCCCUUCCUGGAACAGGGUUAAUCGAGCUGCAUUCUCCCUGUGGAAAGAGAAACUUCCCUCAUUACUUUACGGCUGACAAACAUUGACCACAUAAGAGUGCAUUCUUGUUCCGUGUCACUGACAAACAAGGGAAAGUUCUGAAGUUGUUACUAGUUGGUUGAAUUCUGGCCUCGGUAAACAAACGUACAGAUCAGGACUUGUAUGCCAAACUUUCAUGGAAAGUGUCUCAACAGCUGAGUAAGUUUCCCCUUCCCCCUUAGUUCUCGAGACUAACUUCUUAUAUCCCCAUAUCCUCUAGAAAGCCCCCUGGAGGGGCCAGUCACCCAGAGCUACCUCUUUGCUAGGGGCAUAGGCAGUUGGGCCAGGAUGAGAGGGUUGAGAUGAGUGACAUUAAGUGGGGGAAGGGUAGUUGCCCUCCCUUGAGGUUACUUGUUGGGGGGAGAGCCAGGCCCCUCUUUGCUGUGGUGAACCUGGUCGCUAGUCUUCCCCUGAGGCCUGGAGAGCAUGUAGCUACAGCGUGAUGGCAAUAAAAUGCAUUUCUUUCCUGUGAGGGCAAGUCAACAGGUUACCCCUCGUCUAUCUGAGCUUCAGGAGCCUCGAGUAGGAGAAUGAAGCUCUCUCUGGGUCUCCUGCAUUUGAGUAAGUGGCUGAUGCAUUUAUAAAGAGGCUUCUUCUUUUCUGGUCCUCUUAAAAUUCAGUGUUUGUAAGGAAGGAAAAGGAUGACAAUGCUGACAGCACUUUGGAAUAUUGGCAUCUCCACUCAUUGUGAACACACAAAUUAUAUUGAAUAAACUUUCUUCUAAGUGA